CAAGCUAUUAACUAUCAGCCGCCAGCAUAGGCAUGGUACUGCGAAAGCGGAGGAAGGACCCGAGUGGCACCGAGACACCAAAGAGGAAACGGCAAGCCACAGAAGCGGUUAAGCCUGCGCCAGCAGCUCCGCGUCAGUCGCUGUUUCAAACGGAUGUGUCCUUCGCCAAGUUGGGACUGGCAAGGUGGAUUGUAGACACCUGUGCCAAGCUGGGCAUGGCUCACCCAACUGACAUACAGGCAAUGUGCAUUCCACCUAUUCUGGCUGGAAAGAACAUUGCAGGUAAUGCGAGGACCGGAAGUGGGAAGACGGCCGCCUACAGCCUUCCGAUUCUUCACCACUUGUCCAAAGAUCCCUAUGGCGUUUUCGCACUGGUAUUGGUGCCUGUUCGCGAGUUGGCCUUUCAAGUCACUGAGAACUUCCGCGCGAUGGGCCAGUCGAUCGGCGUGACUGUGGCAGAGAUUGUGGGAGGCAGAGACUUCUCCAUCCAGAGCCAGACCAUUGCCGACCGAAGCCACAUACUUGUUGCAACCCCUGGACGGUUGGCGGACCUGUUACGAGGAGAUUUUGCUUUGGCCAAAGCAUUUCGCAAGCUACACACGCUGGUUCUGGAUGAAGCUGACGAUCAGCUGUUGACCCAAACUUUCGACGACCCUUUGGGACAAAUCCUGGAGGUGCUGCCGAAAUCGCGGCAAACCUUGUUCUUCUCUGCAACCGUCACUCAGUGCAUUGAGAAGCUCAAGAAGGGUAAGGAGCUCACUUUGAUUGACGCUAAUCCCAACGAGGAGAGUUUGGAGACCCUUACUCAGCUCUAUGUGUUUGUGCCCAAGUCUGUCCAGAUCAACUAUUUGCACUACCUCCUGCAGAAGCAUUUUCCAGAGGAGAGCUGUAUAGUUUUUGCUGCCAGCCUGGAUGAAUGCCAGCUGCUCACCACCAUGCUGGACAUCUUAGGUUUUGAGGUCACGGGCCUGCACUCGCUGCAGUCGCAGCGUCAGCGCCUGGCGAGUUUGGGGAAGUUCCGGGCCAGCCGCGCCAAGAUUCUGGUGGCCACGGAUGUGGCGGGCAGAGGCUUGGACAUCCCCUCGGUGGCAGUGGUCCUCAACAUGGGCCUCCCUUAUGAUGGCGACUCCUACGUGCACCGCGCGGGGCGAACCGCCCGAGCCGGACGACCUGGGAAGGUGGUCACCUUGAUGAGCGAGUUGGAUGUCUCGCGCGUGGAGGCCAUCGAAAGGCGCAUCGGCAAGCAGCUGGAGUUGCUCCCGACCAAGGAGGAAGAGGCGAUCAAGCUGCUGUCCAAGACCACCAAGGCCUUGCAACGCGCCGAGCUGCUCCUUUCGGAGGUUGGCUUCGCGGAUCAAAUUGCUGAACACCGUGGGGCGCAAAAAGAGCAGAAGAAAAAGAAGGCCCAAGCACCUGGCAGCCAAGCGCAGGCUGACAGCAAAGAGCUGACUGGCAGCAAAGGGCUGAAGAAGAAAGGUCUGAAGAAGAAUCCAAAGGCACUGGGCAAAGCCACUGCUAAGCACAAGGCUUGAGACACAAGUGUAGACGCGUAGCCGAGAA